AUGGCAUCGAAAGUGAAGAAGGAAGUUCCUGCCCCUUCCAAAGCUGAAGCCAAAGCGAAGACUUUGAAAGACAAGAAGGCAGUGCUGAAAGGUGUCCACAGCCUUGAAAAGAUCUGCACAUCACUCACCUUCUGGCGGCCUAAGACCCUGCGGCUCUGGAAGCAGCCCAACAGCCCUCGAGAGAGCACACCCAGGAGAAACAAGCUUGACCACCAUGCCAUCAUCAAAUUCCCCCUGACCACUGAGUCAGCCAUGAAAAAGAGCGAAGACAAUACAUUUGUGCUCAGAUGGAUGUCAAGGCCAGCAAGCAGCAGGAGAUCAAACAGGCUGUGGAGAAACUUGAAGAAACUCUGUGACAUUGGUGUGGCCAAAGCCAACACCCUCAUAAGACCUGAUGGAGAGGAGAAAGUGUAUGUUUGGCUGGCUCCUGAUUACGAUGCUCUGGAUGUUGCCAAUAAAAUUGGGAUCAUCCAGCUGGCUAAUUCUAAAUAUACACCUUUUUCACCAUUAAAAAAAAAUUAA